CAGCUUUGCAGGCUCGGCCGCUGGCCGCUGCCCGGCACUGGGCUCCCGGCGCUGCAAGGCGGAGAGUCCCGGGCCUGGCGCCGCCCGCGCAGCCCUGGUCGCGGCGACGGGCGCCGCAGCGUGACAGGGGGCGGGGCCGGCUAGGGAGUCUCUGGCGGGGCCGGUGACAGCGCCGGGGGCUCAGGGGCCGGCCGCCGCGUGACCCGCGCAGUAGAACGCCGAGCUUAAUCACAACCAGCUCGUGCUCCGGGCGGGUCGUGGUCCCCGUUCCCCAGCCGGUGACGCCGGGGGUUUCUUUCACGGCGGCUCCCUCUGACAUGCCAAAGCCGCCCGAGUAUUCAGAGCUGAGUGACUCUCUAACGCUUGCCGUGGGAACAGCAAGGUUCUCGGGACCCUUGCACAGAGCAUGGAGAAUGAUGAAUUUUCGCCAGCGGAUGGGAUGGAUUGGAGUGGGAUUGUAUCUGUUAGCAAGCGCAGCAGCAUUUUACUAUGUUUUUGAAAUCAAUGAGACUUACAACAGACUGGCCUUGGAACACAUCCAGCAGCACCCGGAGGAGCCGCUUGAAGGAACCACAUGGACACACUCCUUGAAGGCUCGGUUACUCUCCCUGCCGUUCUGGCUUUGGACGGUGAUUUUCCUGAUACCUUACCUGCAGAUGUUUUUGUUCCUAUAUUCUUGUACCAGAGCUGACCCCAAAACGGUGGGCUACUGCAUUAUCCCGAUAUGCUUGGCAGUUAUUUGCAAUCGCCACCAGGCAUUUGUCAAGGCUUCUAAUCAGAUCAGCAGACUGCAGCUGAUUGACACAUAGACUCGGUCACCAUUUUCCCCUUAUGAUUACAAAACUGCCAGUGCCGUGCGGGGCCUGAUCACAAGACGGCGGUUUUUCCACAGAUCUCAGGAAGUUGUGGUGGGGCAGAGGCCCUUUAAACAAUGUGACUAGGGGGCUGUCUCUAUCUGACUAAUGGGUUUUUAGGUGAAGCCUGAGACACAGUCCUAACAAAAUAAUGUUGAUGACUUCAGAUUUUGGAAGUAAAAUCAUGUCUGUUACUUGCAUUCUUUAGAAACUUGAAUAAGUUCCUAAACUCCUAUUCUUAUUCUACUGUGCAACAUAGUGAUGGUUCAGAGAUUUUUCCUUUGGGGGGAAAAAAAUGAACAUGAACAUUUCCAUUGUGUUUAAUGUGUAAAAAGGUCCAAACAUGGUCAUAAAGUUUAAAUUUUAUACAAUUACUUGGCUUGCUUUAAAAUUCUUCAGACUAAAACACCAAUUCAUGCUUUUCUGAGUAAGCCAACUAUUUGUCAGCUUGUGAGAAAUUGGUAUAAAAUUAUUGAGAUGAUUACUGUCCUGAUACAUAGAAUUCAUUCCUCCUUUUGGUUAAUGCUAUGGGCAUUCUUAAUGCUACUGAUUUUUUAAAAAAAAGAACUUGGGAAGAAACUAAAUGUUUGAAAGUUGAGAAAUCUAACUUAUACAUAGGAGAUGGAAACAAGGUGUUCAAUGAACAUGUUUGUCCCAGUGCCUGUCAGAUGUGCGAUAGCUCUCUAAAAGAUGCUAGCAAGUCAUCCUGAUACUCCUUUCUAGCCUCAGGGCUGGUCUUUAGGCGAGAGGUUAGUUGCAUGAAGAUGUGAUCCUUGUACUUCCUCCUGUGCAUUUGUACUUACUACCUCAUGUCUGGUACCAAUACAAAUAUCUAAAAAAUGGAAAUACUAGAUUUUAGGAUUCUUUUUUUCUGGGUGAGAUUAAGAUAUAUUUUUAUACAGCUAUGUCAUUAAUCCCAGGGAAAUAUUUCACACUGAUAGGUUUUAAUAACGUUUUGGGUGCUUACUCUGUUGGGCCCUGUUCUAAGAACUUUGCAUAAAUUAACUCAAUGAACAACCCUAUGAGCUAACAAUUAUCUAGAUUUCACAGAUAAGGACACUGAGGUGGAGCAGUUAAGUAACUUGCCAGAGGUCACACAGCUGGUAGGUGGCACAGCCAGAGCUGUGACCAGGCAUCGGAUGCCUGUUCCUAACCACAGCUACAGCGCUUCUCACAAGUGACAGCUGUUCCAGCACCGGGCGCUGCCUGCCUCGCCAAGUUAAAGAAUGGAGAUGGCAUCAUCGAGAAAGGUUUUUCUCAAUGGGCUACUGGAAAUCUAGAAGUUUCUAGCAAUCUCACCCUUUAAGUCUGAUUUGACUAGAAUGGAAUGCUGCACUUUCCAUAGCAAUCUCUUACUUGAAAGAUAAAGCAGGUACUUUUGCAACUCAAAAGCAGCAAGAUCAGAUUCUUCUCUAAUUAGUCCCAAUUCUUUCUUUUACUGCCUCCAUAGGUCUAGUUCCUGAAAUGAUUAUCUUCUCCUACAGUACAUAGAAUCUUCAAGUAAGCAGCAGUUUGAAGUACAGAUAACCCAAUCACUUGUAUCUUUUGAGUAUUUACUAAUUAUAGACGGUCCCUGACUUACCAUGGUUUGACAGGAAUUUUACACUUUAUGAUGACAGUAAAGCAACAUGCAUUCAGCAGGGACUGUAUUUGAAUUCUGAUCUUUUCCCAAGCUAGUGAUAAUACAGUAAGAGUCUCGUGAUGCUGGGCAGCAGUGAGAUGAUCUUGCCCAAAUGUAGGCUGAUAGAAGUGUGCUCAGCACGUUUAAGGUAGGCUAGGCCAAGCUCAGGGGUCCAGUGGGUUAGGUGUGUAAAUGCAUUUUCUACUUACAUUUUUAACUCAUGAUGGGUUUGAGAGUAACCAUCAUAAGUUAAGGAGCAGUGCAGUAUGCAUGCUGCAGGCGCUGCAUUGAGUGAUAUGCAUUCUUCAUGACAGCCCUAUGAGGCCGGUAUGUACUGGUACUAGUGCCAUUUACAGAAGAGUAAAAUGAGGAAAUCUGAGGAAUUAAUAACUUGCCCAUGAUCACACAGCAAGUAAGUGGAAGAGCCAGGGCAUUGAACUGGGGAUGUCUGGCUUCAGAUCUCCAGCUCUAUCAUCCCAAUCUAUUGCUUCUCAAUAAUUUGAGGAACAUCAUUGAGCAGUUUCUUGUUUUAUUUGACUAGUCUUGAAGCAAUGUUAGUUUGGAAAUGAUUUAAGAAAAUUACUUGUUACUUUUUAUUUUACAAAUGUUUGGUAUAAUGCAAGGUUUGUGAAUUGGUCACUUGUAAAGUGACUUCAUUUUUAUUGAAGUACAUUUUCUCUCUUCACAUUCUAAUAUUGAGAUUUGGUAAGUAAAUGCUCGUCUCUGUCUUUCAAGGUAAUAUGUCCUUGGUAGUAGAAAUGUUAGAAUAAUUACAGUAGGAGUAAUGCAGUAUUUCUAAAUGUUUCAGAUUGCAGAGUUAAUCUGUUUUUGAUUACUUAGGAAUUAAUUAUCCAAGUUGGAUUAUUACUAUUUUGUCUAUGACUAUUUAAGAGUUCAAAGCACUCUUUUGGGAAAGAGGAAAAGGUGAAAUUUAUCUCCCAGCUCUAUUAGACAGAGGAGGAGGUUAAAAUUGAUGGAUUGGAGACCUAUUAUUAUAGCAGGUCAUCACUUAUUUUAUAUUCUCAUCACAAUACAAAAAAGCAGUGACUACAGGAUUAGGUAGUGAGAUAAACAGUAAAUAAGGGCAGUGUAUCAGAGAUUUUAGGAAAGAGACAGGCUUCCUAGGAUCCCUAACCAGUCAGUAUAUGCUUCCAGGUAUGAGAAAAAUAGAGUGGUAACGAAAAGUUUUUCUUGGGGGUGGGGAGUCGUUAAAGUACGCCCAAGAGAGUAACUGUACCCAUAAUAUAAUCAAACUGGUAUAUUUCGUUGACCGUGGUAUUGUUAAAGUCUUUAUUGAGAAUAUCUAGUGUGGAUUUUUUGGAUGGGUUUAACAUUUUCAAUCUCAAAAAUACUGGCAGAAAAGCUUGCCACAAUACCACAUGACUCAUGUUUGCAUCAAACAUUUGCCGUCAUUAUAAUUUCUACAACACAUUUUUUUUUAAGUGCCAUGUAAUUGUAGACCAUGAUUGGGAAUCAUCAUGCAUUAGUAUUUUUGUUUUGGUCUCAGGCAGUGAGUGGGGUCUUGAACUGUGGCUGUAUAUUAGAAUCACCCAAGGGAAUAAAAAUCGCAAAGCUCAUAUGAACAAUGUCAGGAUCCCUUUUCCACCAAUUAUGUCCAUUUCUGUGGGCAUAGUCCAGGCAAUCCUGUUUUUAGAGGCAGGUCUUUGAGUGAGUCUGUCAGGGUUUUCUGCACCAUAAAGACUCAAUUGUUAGUCA